AUGGUGGUAAUUGGCAUCCCCAAAUUUCCUCCAACCACAUUCAAACCACCACCACCAAGUCUUGAUGAGGAUUGCCCUAUGAUAAUUCAAAAUAUUGAUGUUAGAUUCCGAAUCUCCUUGCAUUUGGCAAACAUUGUCACAAUUGUGGAAAGUGGAUGGAGCGAAGGGCUCUUCGUUAAGAUGGUCGAUAACCAAGAGUUGAUGAUAGUCAAAAAGUUGCUGGAGACUGAUGAUGUUUCUUCGGACAACAAGAAAAAACAAAAAUCAAUGCUGUCAGUCUGCAGUGAUUUUAUUUCUUUAAAAGAAGAGGAGAAAGAAAAUAUAUCUAAUGACAGGCAUACCCCCGAAGAAGCGUAA